AUGAAAAACUACGAGUACCCGCGAGUCCGUCCUCCCACCUCUUUGCUGCCACCUCCACAGCACGCCGACAGCCGGUUUUCGUGGAUGACCACGUCCGCAGACGAGGAAAGUCGUGUGGGAGCAAGAAAAGAGGCAAACACUCCAACACCACCUGCGCUGCCGCAGCCUGCUGCUGCACAACAGCUCUCUCCGCCGGGACAGAUUCCCGUGUCAACUAUGGAACCACAGUUCUACGGCGGUGGUGUGGUUCCGCAGCAAAUGCGAUACCCAGCGGUCGCACAACAGGAGUACAUGCAAGCCGCUCAACAACAAGGCGCUUACACCUCACAACCAUAUCCCACCCAGGUACUUGUACAACAACCUCCUCAAACGCAACCUCCACAGCAUGUCAUGCCUCCUUUACCACAAACUCCCGAGCCUGCAAAGCAACUGACCAUUCCCGAAAACGAACCCACGGGGCCUAUUGUGCCAGAUACGAACCCUUUGGUGCCAUCUACCCCGAAACCACUCGACCGUGCCAGCACCAACAUGGCCAUCGUUCCACCUCCAUCCGAUCCCUCUCAAUUCCCCGCCCACGUAUUCACUCCGAGUCCACAAUCCAUAAAAGGCGGCUCGUGGCAGCAUAGUUUUUGUUCUUGCGCCGAACCUUCUAUCUGCAUCACCGGGCUGUUUUGCCCGUGCAUUGUGUAUGGGAAGACACAGUAUCGGUUAGGGUUGAGAGGUGAAAGGAAAGAUCCGACGAAUAUGCUGGGAUACACGGCAGUCAACGGGUCUUGCAUCGCAUUUGGCCUUCUAUGUGGUGUGAAUGGGAUCUUGGCUGCAAUUCAGCAUACGCGGGUGCGGAAGACCUACACCAUGAGCACGGAGGCCGGAAAUGUCGCGGGGGAUUGUGUCAAGGGGAUUUGCUGCUGCUGCUGUGUUGUCGCUCAGGAUGAAAAGGAGGUCAAAUUUCGAGAAGAGCAAGUCAGGAAACCGGCUGGGUCUGGCGCAAAGAAAGAAGGCUAUGUGGCGCCCGCGACGAUGAUCUUCAACCCACCGCCUCAAUCGAGGUGA